CCCAUUUCGUGACGCGCGCGCCGCCAAGACAGUUCAUCGAUAAGCGAGCUCGUCCGGUCGGCAGCUGACCACGGCCGGCCCACUGAGGAAGGGCAAGGCAGGGCCGCGUCCGAGCUCUCUGCAGGCGAAGUCGGCCCGCACGCCUCUCCGCCGGGACGGCGUUGCACGCUAAGUUUCAUCAUGACUCUGCUAUUGGUGAUGACUUUACUCAGCAACUUACUCUCAGUGUUGGGGCAGCCAACAAUCAAUUAUCUCCAUGUAAAUGAUGACAGGAACGUGAUUCCAGAUAAAGCUCUUAAGCAAGUUGUUUCUGACUUAUCAAAACAGGGGAUGAUUUUUGAUGGUGUUUUUAAGGCUACAGCAAAUGGCUCUGAUGUUGAAUCUUUGAUAGAUUCUAUGUGUCUUGGAUACAAUUCAUCAAUUGAUCAGAAUAAAAAAAUUCAUAUCAUACUGGAUACAACAUUGCAAGAUGUGUCUUCUGAAGCAGUGAAGUAUUUCACAAGAGCCUUGGAACUGCCAACAGUCUCUGCAUCCUGUGGGCAAGAAGGUGAUCUGCGUUACUGGAGAAACAUAGACAAAAAUCAAGAGAAAUACCUAAUACAGGUAAUGCCUCCCAUAGACACCAUUCCUGAAUUCGUUCGUAGCUUCUGUAGUGAGCAGAACCUCACCAAUGCUGGGAUUCUGUUUGAUGACACAUUCAUCAUGGACCACAAAUAUAAAUCCUUGCUCCAGAAUGUCCCAACAAGACAUAUAAUCAAUGAAAUCAAAUUUAAAAAUAUUGGAGAACAGCUAUCAACAUUUAAACAACGUGAAGUGUUCAAUUACUUUAUUCUUGGUAGAAUGGACACUGUUAACAAAGUGCUUGAGGCUGCUGCUGAUAAGGAGUUUUAUGGUCGCCAGUUUGGAUGGUAUGCUGUUACGCAGGAUGAAGGCAAUCCAUCUUGUCAAAAAUGUGGUAAAGGAGCAUCAGUUUUGCACGUCAAACCAAAUGAUCCUGAAGGAACUGUAGUUGGGUCUGAAAAUCCUAAGCUAACUUACCAGUUUUAUUAUGAGCUGUUUCGGAAUACAUUUCUUGCUAUUGCACAAAUGAUGGGUGAAGGAAGCUGGCCAGAUUUGGAGUACAUUCCCUGUGAAGAAUAUGAAGAAAAUAAAAAUAUUCCUCCUGUGAGAAAGCUGAAUCUUUUGGACACUUUACAGCAGAUUUCAAUGCAGAAUUCAGGAGCUUAUGGUCAAAUAAUAUUGUCUUCUAAUGGACAUAGCCAUAUGCAAUUUAAUAUGACAGCGCUUAAUGUGAGUUUGAGUGACAAUACUGCUACAGAAGUGGGCACAUGGGCUGCAGAUUUGGAUUCACCAUUUAUUACGAAAGUCAAACCCUCAGUGCCAGUUACACAGUACACUGUUGUUGUGGCACUUCAACAACCAUUUGUUAUAAAAUACCAGGAUGAAAAUGGAAGUACAAAGUUUAAAGGUUAUUGCAUUGACUUGAUCAAUGCAAUCCGCAAUAUCACUAAUUUUGAGAUUGAAAUUUAUGAAGUGGCAGAUGGUAAAUUUGGAAACAUGGAUGAAGAAGGUAGAUGGAACGGAAUGAUCAAAGAUCUCAUAGACAAGAAAGCACACAUAGCACUAGGAGCACUGUCAGUGAUGGCAGAGCGUGAAAAUGUGGUGGAUUUUACAGUGCCGUACUAUGAUCUUGUUGGCAUCACAAUACUGAUGAAAAAACCAAAAACACCAACGUCACUCUUCAAAUUUCUUACUGUUCUUGAGAAUGAUGUAUGGCUGUGCAUACUUGCAGCCUACUUCUUCACCAGUUUCUUAAUGUGGGUCUUUGAUCGCUGGAGUCCCUACAGUUAUCAGAAUAAUCGUGAAAAAUAUAAAGACGAUGAAGAGAAACGAGAAUUUGAUUUAAAAGAAUGCCUUUGGUUUUGUAUGACAUCUUUAACACCACAGGGAGGAGGAGAGGCUCCAAAAAACCUUUCAGGAAGACUCGUAGCAGCCACAUGGUGGCUGUUUGGUUUUAUCAUCAUUGCUUCAUACACUGCAAACCUGGCUGCAUUUCUUACAGUGUCACGUCUAGAUACACCAGUGGAAUCACUAGAUGAUCUCUCUAAACAGUAUAAGAUUCAGUAUGCUCCUAUUGCAAACUCUUCAGCGCAUGUAUACUUUCAACGAAUGGCUGCUAUUGAAAAUCGAUUUUAUGAGAUAUGGAAGGAUAUGAGUCUGAAUGACAGCUUAAGUGAAGUUGAGAGAGCAAAGCUAGCUGUGUGGGACUAUCCAGUGAGUGAUAAAUACACAAAAAUCCUGCAGGCCAUGACUGAGGCUGGAUUUCCAGCUAACAUAGAGGAAGCAUUAGAAAGAGUAAGGGCUUCAAAAUCAUCAAGUGAAGGGUUUGCUUUCAUAGGUGAUGCAACUGAUAUACGCUAUCAGGUUUUGACAAAUUGUGACCUGCAGAUGGUUGGUGAGGAAUUUUCACGCAAACCUUAUGCCAUAGCUGUGCAACAAGGUUCUCCUCUGAAAGACCAGUUUAAUAAUGCAAUUUUGCAACUGCUAAACAAGAGAAAGCUUGAGAAACUGAAGGAACAAUGGUGGAAUCAGAAUCCAGAAAAGAGGAAUGACUGUGAGAAACAAGAUGAUCAAUCUGAUGGGAUUAGUAUACAAAAUAUUGGUGGUGUAUUCAUUGUGAUUUUUGUGGGAAUUGGGCUUGCAUGUAUCACUCUGGCAUUUGAAUACUGGUGGUACAAACUGAGACCACAGCACAAUGCCAUUGUUGAAGCAGCUCCGCAUAGAACAAAAUCGGAUUCACUGCAAGCACUUAAUAUGAUGCGAAGCAGUUUCGACAAACGAUAUGGGCGGCGUCAAGGUGUUGCAUUGGCAGGAGUUACAAAUCCAUGGUAGUGGACUCUGAUGCAGAUACAUAUUGAUUGAUUCAGACAACUUACCAGAAAGCAUGGGAACCAACUUUGCAUCAUGGACUCAGACACAGCCACAGAAGAUCAUGCUGGAUUGGACCUAAGUGUGAGCCCACCACUGCAGACCAUUCACUCCCAACUCCACAACAUUGGUUGCAGCUGGUAUCAUCUAGACAGUGCUUAAAAAUGCUGGAAUUGCUUUUACACUAUGGACUCUUGCUUAUAUUACUUAUUUCAGAUGCACUGUAUUGUACUUUACAAUUUUUUGAACUUGAGUGGACACUAUUUUGAAAAUUAAGUUAAUUUCUUGAUUACAACUCAUCAUUAGCUGACAUUUAUAUUGUUGAAUGUAUAUAUGUGCUUGUAUUUCCUAAGCUUCACACAAAUCAUGUUGGGUGAAGGGCAUUCUACAUGCUUUCAUUAGAUCUCAGUCUAAGUUAAUGUAGAGUGAAUAUAUAAAGACCUGGUCAAAAGUAGCACUAGGAUUACAAACUAGUAAAAUGCUAUAAAGGAAAAAUACCCAAAGGACCUAAUGAAAUACAUGCAGUACAGGAGAGCUGAUUUCUUCAAUCAUCUUGAGGAAUAGGUGUAGUAUUCCUGUCUAACACUGUCCUAAAGGAGAAGCACUGAAUCACCAACAGGCACACAUAUAAAGAAAGAAAACAUGCGAGCUUUUUGAGUAAACUUUUUUCAAGCUAGAGUAAAAAUACAUAUACAUACACACAAACACAUACACACACGUGCGCGUGCGUGUGAACACACCUAUGCUCCUACAUGGCACUAGCUUGACACACAAUGCUGUAUUUCAGCAGGUGGACUUGAUUGUGGUGGGGUUUGCACCAGGCGGAGUGAGUAGAGGGAAACAGAGGUAGAAGGUGGGGAGAGGGUAUGGUGGUGAAUGGUUAGUGGCUUGGCUGGAGGCAGCUGGUUUGCUGGCUAAAAAUGAGGGUGGGAGGUGUGGUAGGAGCACAGGCUGUGCAUAUGACUCAGAAUUCUCAGAGCCAGUAUCAAGUGGCACAUGCUGAUGGUGAUAUUGGGAUGUGAAUUUAGUAGGAAAUGACAGGACAGAGGAAGGGAAAACUUGGGUGGAGGAUGUGGGGAUAGUGGGUUAUUGGAGAAUGAGGGCUUCCUGACACCCCCUUCCAAAUUGACAUACCGACGUCACCUUCAGUGUGCACUGCUGCCUACCAGCUCCGACAACUAUGUGAAAUCAAACCAGACACAAUGAAGUUACCAGUUCUUGCGUGCUUUGGAUUGCAAACCCACACAUAAACUCAAGGACUUUCCAACUACUUGCUUGUACAACCUGAAAUAUGGUUCAUAAUUUUGGAGCAUAUUUUUAGACAUCAGCUGAUUAGGGCAGACCCCAAACACUUUACUCUAACAGUCAGCAACCUAGACCAGAGAGCUAUCACUUUAGUUUCAGACAUAAUUUUACACCCACCUUGCCAACAAGCUUGCAUAAUUAUUAAAAAGGUUUUAGUUUCCAGUUGCACUAAACUAUCAGAUCAAAUGC